UGAUCCCGAAAUUAGAUUUAAUGUGGGAACGAAAGCGGUCCAGCUUGCAGAUUUUGUCCCCGUCAAACAAUGUUGGAAUCUGCACAAGACCCCCGACUCCAUUCGGAACGUUCUUCGUCCCUCCAUCCAGACUCGAAGCCUUGUCUUUUUCAAGCUCCGACACCAUAUAAAAAUAACCCAAUUCGUAAGUCCCGAUCACCCCGGCGGCGACGAUACAAGUCGUGGUCCCGAAGCUGAUCGGCGAGGAAAAGAAAAGAUCAAAACCGGCGCCCCGCGCGAUCGGCGGGCGGGAAAUAUUUUAAGGUUUUUGUAGGGUUUGUGCGUGUGGACAUUAAAGUACUUUCCGAAGCGACGAGGGACAACGAGAUCGAGGAGGGUGUCGUAAGGGGUAAAAAAACGUGCAAGGAAUUUAAUGCUUUGAGGAGGAGGAUGUGAUAGCGAUCGAGAAAAGGUCCGCGGUUGAUCUGCGAAUUCCCGUUCGGCCUCCGCUGCGAAAGAGGCGAUUAGAAGCAGUGCAAAGGAGGGAUUUUUAAACAGAAGAUCGCCGCCGCCGCCUUCGUCGUCCGGCGAUGGUCUUCGUCUCCCUCUCUCCUCGGCCCCCGAGAGUGUCCGCGAGACUGUCUUCUGGGUACCCGCCAAGAAUGUCCUCCGUCGCCGCCGCCGCCCCCCUCCUCCUCGUUCUUGCGCUGUCCUCCUGCUGCUUCUUGGACGUCGCCCGGUCCGAUCUCGACUCCGACAAGGGGGCGCUCCUCGCCCUACGCUCCGCCGUCGGCGGCCGCCCCCUGCUCUGGAAUCUCUCCCUCCCGCCCUGCGACUGGACCGGCGUCUUCUGCGACUCGGCCCGGCAGAAGGUCAUCGAGCUCCGGUUCCCCGCGAUGGGCCUCGCCGGGGGCAUCCCGGCCGGCACCAUCGCCAACCUCACCCAGCUUCAGACCAUCUCGUUUCACUCCAACUCGCUCUCGGGGCCCCUCCCCGACCUCGCUUCCCUCUCCGAGCUCCGCAACCUCUACCUCCAGAGCAACUCCUUCUCCGGCGGGCUGCCGCCCUCCCUGUUCGCCCUCCCGAACCUCGUCCGCCUCAACCUCGCCUCCAACAAAUUGUCCGGCGAGAUCCCCCCGGCGUUCGGCAACCUCACCCGGCUCAAGACCCUGUUUCUGGAGGAUAAUCAGUUCACCGGGCCGAUCCCGGACCUGAACCUGACCCUCGACCAGUUCAAUGUCUCGUCCAACCAGCUGACCGGGCCGAUCCCGUCAGCGCUCUCGACCAAGCCACCGUCCGCCUUCGCAGGGAACUCGCUCUGCGGGCCCCCGCUCCAGUCUUGCAACGCCACUGGCAACGGCAAUAAGCUAUCCGGCGGAGCCAUCGCCGGGAUUGUGAUCGGCUCCGUCAUCGGGCUCUUCCUGAUUCUCCUCGUUCUUAUCAUCUUGUGCCGUCGCAAGAGCCGUGGCGGCGGCGAGAAGCCCAAAUCGCUGGAAUCCCAAGCGGCCAGGGGGGCCGAAGCCGACAUCGCGCAGACCCGUGAAGCCAAGAGCGUCGGCGAGCCCAAGGCAAGCAGCGCCGCGGUCAUCAGUGGCGACAAGAGCGUCAACAAGAGCUUGGUGUUCUUCGGGAAGGGGGAUGCGGUGGCGGCGUUCGACCUGGAGGACCUGCUGCGGGCGUCGGCGGAGGUGCUGGGGAGGGGGACGUUCGGGACGACGUACAAGGCGACGCUGGAGACGGGGAUAACCGUAGCGGUGAAGAGGCUGAAGGACUUGAGCGUGGGGGAGGCGGAGUUCAGGGAGAGGAUGAGGCAGACCGGGGCGGUGGAGCACGAGAACCUGGUGGGGCUGAGGGCCUAUUACUACAACAAGGACGAGAGGCUUCUCGUUUACGAGUACCUGCCCAUCGGAAGCCUGUCCGCGCUUUUACAUGGAAACUCCGUAGUCGGCAGGACUCCACUUAAUUGGGACACCCGAUGUGACAUUGCCCUUGGUGCGGCCCGUGGAAUCGCCCACCUCCACUCCCAGGACGCCGUGACAUCCCACGGCAACAUCAAGUCAUCCAACGUCCUCCUCACCAAGUCCUAUAAAGCCCGGGUCUCCGACUUCAGCCUUGCUCCCAUUGCGAACCUCAUUGCAGCUCCCAACCGCAUCGACGGCUAUCGCGCACCGGAGGUGACGGACUACCACAAGGUGUCUCAAAAGGCCGAUGUGUACAGCUUCGGGGUGUUGCUGCUAGAGCUGCUGACAGGCAAGGCGCCCACGCAUUCGCUGCUGAACGAGGAAGGAGUGGACCUCCCGAGGUGGGUGCAGUCGGUGGUCAAGGAGGAGUGGACUGCUGAAGUGUUCGACGACGAGCUACUCAGGUACCAGGAUGUCGAGGAGGACAUGGUCGAGCUCUUGCAGCUUGCGAUGCAUUGCGCUGCUCAGUACCCGGAUAAACGCCCUCCGAUGGCUCAGGUCGUGAACAAGAUUGAGGAAAUUUGCCGUUCAAGCAUGCUGCACGAGCAAGAAGAGCACAGUGGUCAUCGGAUCCCAGUCGAUUCAGGCGCGGCGGCGCCUUCUUCUUCAUUCGACUGAUGAAGGAUCAUCAGUUACCUUGGCAAUUGCGGUCGGAACAUUUGGGCUGUGUAUUACGAGUGAUUCAUUGCUUCAUUUUUUUGUUGGGCAUAUAUAUUUUAGAUGACUGGUUUAUUUGACCUUCCUGUCGUCAACGUGCAAUAAGCCCCUUUUUUUUUCAUUUUUUUUUUCAUGGUAAUAGUUUACUGACUUUCAAUUUUUCUUUCUAUUUACAAGCAAAAGGUCAUGUUUGUAAAUUUUGUAUCAAACAUUUUUCUGUCAUGAAGACAGUACUGUUGCUAAAUACUAUUGCCUCAAGGUCCUGGCAUAGUGCUCGAAUCA